GCAUCGAGUCACCGCCUCCCCUGCGGAUCGUCCCUCUUUUCUCCUCCCACCAAAGGGGCUGCGCGCAGUAAACUUUUCCCCCUAGCGCAGUGAAGGCAGGCGCUCCUCUUUUCGCCCCGUGAUCGAGGGACCGCCGGGGUAGAAGAUCGCGCUGUUGUGGGGCUCAGAGAGCGUGUGAGAGAGGAGGCACCCCGCGACAUCCACAGGACUCCGCCAUGGGGGUCCUACACUACUACCAGCGGCCCAGCGAGGACGACACUGAAGUGGCCACACUUCUGCGUUCGGCUGAAGCCAUCUUGGAUAAUGGCCUCCAAGGGGUGCAGAAGGAAAUAUGUUUCAACGUCAACUGGACAGGAGAAACACCCCCAAACUCUGAGGAGACGGAGAAGCUGCUGUGGAUCUUUGGUUGCCCUUUUGAACCCGGCGACAUCGCACCCAAGUCCUUCCUUAGCCCAACUCCUUCAGAUCUGCUGGUAGAGGUCGGCCCUCGGUUGAAUUUCUCAACUGCGUAUUCCACAAAUGCAGUGUCGGUGUGCUGGGCAGCCGGACUGGAAAAGAUUGACCGAAUCGAAUGUUCCCGUCGAUACCUUUUCAAGUGUGGGCAGCGCCCAUUGGCACUCCAGGAGGCCUCCAUAUCGUCUACGCUGUAUGAUCGGAUGACAGAGCAGUGUUACCCAGAACCCAUCAGCAGCUUUGCUAUAGCCACCUGCCCUGAGCCUGUGUUCCAUGUCGAUAUUUUGGGAGAAGGGAGACCUGCUCUGGUCGAAGCCAACAACCAGCUCGGUCUGGCUUUUGAUUCCUGGGAUCUGGACUUUUACACUGACCUCUUCAAGAAACUUGGGAGGAAUCCCACCAGCGUGGAAUGCUUUGAUCUCGCUCAGUCCAACAGCGAGCACAGUCGCCACUGGUUCUUCAAGGGGCGCCUCCUGGUGGAUGGGCAGGAGCUCAAGGAGUCCCUCUUCGAGUCCAUCAUGAAGACCCAGGAGCGGAGCAACCCCAACAACGUCAUCAAGUUCUGCGACAACAGCAGUGCGAUCCAAGGGAGAGAGGUCCUUUCGAUGUGGCCCAGCGACCCAUCUCGUUCCAGCCCCUUUGAGAAGCGGACGUCCACCCGGCACGUCAUUUUCACAGCUGAGACCCACAACUUCCCUACUGGCGUUGCUCCCUUCAGCGGUGCCACCACUGGGACUGGCGGGCGGAUCCGCGAUGUGCAGUGCACAGGCCGCGGGGCCCACUAUAUCGCUGGCACCGCUGGCUACAGUUUCGGCAAUCUGCUCAUACCAGGAUACACUUUACCCUGGGAAGAUCCGUCCCUGCUGUAUCCGGACAACUUUGCCCCACCUGUGGAGGUUGCCAUCAGAGCCAGCGAUGGCGCUUCAGACUACGGCAACAAAUUUGGGGAACCCGUCCUGGCAGGCUUUGCACGUUCUUUCGGGCUCCGUCUGGCAGAUGGCGAACGGCACGAGUGGAUCAAGCCUAUCAUGUUCAGUGGUGGGAUUGGAGCGAUGGAAGAUGCCCACGUCCGCAAGGAAGCCCCACAGCCUGGUAUGAAUGUUGUGAAGGUUGGAGGCCCUGUCUAUCGAAUUGGUGUUGGGGGAGGAGCUGCUUCCUCCAUCCAGGUGCAAGGGGACAACGCCAGCGAACUGGAUUUUGGGGCGGUGCAACGUGGCGAUGCUGAAAUGGAGCAGAAGAUGAACCGGGUGUUGCGAGGGUGCGUGGAGAACGGGGAAGGCAAUCCCAUCUGCAGCCUGCACGACCAGGGCGCUGGAGGCAAUGGGAAUGUGCUGAAGGAACUGAGCGAGCCAGCCGGGGCUGUCAUCUACGCAAGCCGCUUCCAGCUAGGAGACCCCACGCUGAGCGUUCUGGAGAUCUGGGGUGCUGAGUACCAAGAGUCCAAUGCCCUCUUGCUACGCCCACGCCAUGCAGAUUUCCUGCGACGCCUUGCCCGCCGUGAGAGGUGCCCUGUCGACUUCGUGGGCAAGAUCAGUGGCGAUGGACGGAUUGUGUUAGUUGACGACACAAAGGUCCCGGCGAGCGACGUGGAGCUGGAGAAGGGGCAGGUUGGAGGGAGAGCCACUCCUGUGAACUUGAUGCUGGAAUGGGUCCUUGGCAAGAUGCCACGCAAGGAAUUUGUUUUGAAUCAUGUCCACCGAGACCUCAGGCCUCUGUCGCUUCCCCGUGGCCUUAGUGUGUCGGACGCCCUCCAGCGUGUGCUCAGGCUCCCGUCUGUGGCGAGCAAGCGCUACUUGACCAACAAGGUCGAUCGCUCAGUGACGGGCCUGGUGGCUCAACAACAGUGCGUCGGCCCCCUUCACACCCCACUGGCGGACGUCGCCGUGGUGGCCCUCUCCCCUUUUGAGACGGUGGGAGGAGCCACGGCCAUUGGGGAGCAGCCUAUCAAAGGGCUCAUUGACCCCGCAGCCGGUGCCCGAUUGUCUGUGGCAGAGGCCCUCACCAACUUGGUCUUCGCUCGGGUCACUGACCUUAAGGACGUGAAAUGCAGCGGGAAUUGGAUGUGGGCAGCCAAGUUGCCUGGCGAAGGGGCUGCCUUGGCGGAGGCCUGCAGGGCCAUGUGCUCUGUGAUGGGUGAGCUGGGCGUGGCUGUGGACGGCGGCAAGGACUCCCUCAGCAUGGCAGCCCGCGUUGGCACGGAGACCGUUAAGGCACCUGGAACACUUGUCAUCUCAGCUUAUGCUGUCUGUCCAGAUAUCACUGCUACGGUGACCCCUGACCUCAAAUGUCCAGAUGGAAAAGGGACCCUUCUUCACGUGGCAAUCUGUCCUGAUCGGCACCGCCUGGGGGGCAGCGCUCUGGCCCAGUGCUUCUCUCAGCUGGGGGACAUAUCGCCAGACCUGGAUAAUCCCAGCACCCUUGUUUCCUGCUUCCAAGUCACCCAGAGUCUGCUACAAGACGCAGUGAUUUCCGCAGGGCAUGACGUGAGCGACGGUGGCCUCUUGACUUGCAUGCUAGAAAUGGCCUUUGCCGGGAACUGCGGUGCCCACAUCGAACUGGGGGCGCCUGGAGUCAAUGCCCUUGAUGUCCUCUUUGCCGAGGAGCUGGGCCUGGUGUUGGAGGUGCCCCGUGCAGCAGCGGCCGACGUCUGCCAACGGUACCGGCGGGCUGGCGUGCGGUGCGUGCCAGUCGGGCAUUCAGGCCCCCGGGGCCCUAAUGCUAUGAUCCAGGUCACCGUGAACGGCCAGGAAGUGUUGGCGGAAAAAGUGUCCACCUUGCGCGGCUGGUGGGAAGACACCAGCUUCCAGCUGGAGAGGCUGCAAGCCAACGCGGACUGUGUGGCCCAAGAAGAGGCAGGGCUGACCAAGCGCACGGAGCCCAGCUACACCCUGACCUUUAACCCCCAGGAAGAACUUCCCCUGCUGCAGGAAAUGGCCCUUCCUGCCCCCCGUGUCGCCAUCCUUCGUGAAGAAGGGAGUAACGGGGACCGUGAAAUGGUGGCAGCGCUCCUCAUGGGUGGCUUCCAGGUCUGGGACCUCACCAUGCAAGACUUGUGCUCGGGCGAGAUGACGCUGGACUCCUUCCGUGGCCUGGUGUUUGUCGGAGGGUUCAGCUACGCAGAUGUUUUGGGUUCUGCCAAAGGCUGGGCAGCCUCGGUGACCUUUAACCGCAGGGCACAGGCUCAGUUCCAGGCCUUUCAUCGGCGCAGAGACACCUUCAGCCUGGGCAUCUGCAAUGGCUGCCAGCUGAUGGGACUGCUAGGCUGGGUGGGGACCAAAAGCGCUGAUGUGCAAGAUGAAGGUGGCACCAUCCAGCCAGGUGUGCUGCUGAGUCCCAACAAUUCUGGGCGCUUUGAGUCUCGUUUUGUGAGCGUCGGCAUCGAGGAGAGUCCGGCGCUGAUGCUUCGGGGCAUGGCUGGUUCUACCCUGGGCAUCUGGGUGGCACAUGGAGAAGGUCGGAUGCGAUUCGGCUCAGAUGAAGUCCUGGCCCAGGUGCGCUCUGCUCGCUUGGCGCCUCUCCGCUACGUGGAUGACCAGGGUUUGCCAACUGAGGAGUACCCUAUGAAUCCCAAUGGGUCUCCACUGGGCAUUGCGGGCAUUUGCUCUCCCGAUGGGCGCCACUUGGCAAUGAUGCCUCACCCUGAGCGAUGUGUCCUUCCCUGGCAGUGGCCAUGGAUGCCCGCUUCCUGGCGCCAGUCUCUGAAGGUCUCCCCGUGGCUCCGCAUGUUCCAGAACGCCUGCGAGUGGUGCUUGCGCUAUCCCCAGGGCCAGCCUUGACCUUGCUUUCCGCUGCCUUUCUGAAAACUUUCUACACCCACUCACAAGCUAACACUGCACCAUCAAUUGCAAGUUGGACUAGACUAGAUUAGACACGGUCCCUGUGCUGUGGAUGCAAAACUUUCCAGUGCUGUUAUCCUCAUACAUAGUCUAGGUCCCUAGCCCCCACACCCGCAACACACAUAUGAAUGAACUUAGGGAGGGGUCAAGGAAGAAUGGAUGUGCAGUCCCUCCAGUGGGCACAGGGGGGUGACAUUGUGCAAUAAAUAAGUUGGUUUGUACCAAUCCAAUUGUGGAACAACGUGGGACCAAUGGAGUUUCUAUAUUGCCAAUAAAAGCAAAUUUGACUUUAGAAAUA